AAAUGCCAACGUGAGUGUAUGUCUGAAAAAAUAAUAAUGAAUUUGCGGUGUGAAAAAAGGAAGAAAAUAUAAUUAAAUAAAGAAAUUAAUUAGUAUAAUUGAUACACAAAACAAAGAAAAUAUUUUAUUUAUCCUUAAUUUAUAUUUCUUAUACAAAUACAAGUGAAAAGAGUUGUGAAAAAUAUAAAUAGAUAAAGUAAUGUAUAAAAGUUAUAAAUAGCAAGAAAUUUAUAAAGAGGGAAUACAAUAAAUAAAACAUACGUAAAUAAAUAUUUUCUAAAUUAAAGUGCUUUAAUAAUUUUUUUACAGUUUGUAAAAAUUACUUGGCAUAUUUAUUGUACAUAUUAAAGUACUAUUUAAUAACUUAUUGUGUAAAUUUAAAAAAACUUGGUCGACGUAAAUAGACCUGCGCCCUUUAAACAACAGCAAUUUGUUGUUGCUUCAAAUUUUUGGGUCGACCUUUGACGUAUUUUUCACCCACUUGUUAUAAAUUAUACAUAAAGACAAAGAAGCUAAAAACAAUAAGCCCGCAUAAUGACGUAGUUUUUGGUAGAAAAUAUAUAAAACACAUAAAUUCAACGAUAAGCUAAAUAUUUUAGCAAUACAACACCUUUCGCUGACAGGCUUUAUUAAAAGCAACCCCUUUUUUUUGGACGAGCACGUUUAACGUGCAGUAAACCCUUUUAACAAUAUGGACAGCUCUAUGAUGUUGGCAGCUUUGCAUGGAGAUUCGGCUGUUUAUGCUAACGUAGCUAAUGCUGAAAAUUUGGAGGAAUUUGAUGCAACCACCAUGUCUUCGUUAACAGAUGACAUUUUGGCAGCCAUUACCACAACUACAACAGCUGCAACCACUACAACAGCGUCUCCUGAUCAUGAUUCUAACAUUUCUAUGAAUAACUUUUAUCCAGCCUUGGUACAGUGCUUUGGCAUUAUAAUUUGUGGUUACAUUGCUGGACGUUUUAAAAUUAUCUCAAAUGCUGAAACCAAAGGUCUGGGUACAUUUGUGGGCACAUUUGCUUUGCCCUCGUUAAUAUUUCUAUCGUUGGUGGAAUUGAAUUGGAGCAAAGUCAAUUGGACAUUUCUGUUGGCCAUGUUAAUAUCAAAAGCAGUGGUAUUCUUUGCUGUGCUCGUUAUAUCACUGUUCGUGGUGAGACCUUUAAAUGUAGCCAGAGCUGGUCUGCUGGGUAUAUUUUGUACACAAUCGAAUGAUUUUGCAAUUGGUUAUCCCAUAGUUAUGGCUUUAUAUAAGGACAUACAUCCAGAAUAUGCCUCAUAUUUAUAUUUAAUGGCACCCAUAUCGCUGGCCAUUUUAAAUCCAAUAGGUUUAGUAUUAAUGGAAAUUGCCAAAAUCUCGCAAAAUAAAACUGAACAGGCUCAAAAUCCUCCCUUAUGCCCAGAAACCUGUCCGGCCGAACAAAUGGCUAAGCGUAGUCGCUGUCUAAACGAGAGAUCUUUAAUUAUCUUGACCACGAUUAAAUCAUUAUUUUUCAAUCCUUUGCUGUUGAUGACUCUUUUGGGUGUGGCGGGUUCUUUUAUAUUUCCCAAUGGUUUGCCCGAAAUGGCAGCCAGUGUUUUGAGAGUCUUUGGUCAAUCGUUUUCCGCCACAGCUUUAUUCUUGCUGGGCUUGAAAAUUGUUGGCCAGGGUAGUUCAUUGAAAGGUUCGGAGUUUCUGUUACCCGGUAUAUUGAUUUUGGUGAAAAUCUUGGUUUUGCCUUUGGUUUGUCGCCAAACUGUUAAUAUUAUGCAAGCUGGUGAAAAUUUUAAUGAUACCACAGAACUAAGUACAUUUGGUUUUCUCUAUGGCACCUUCCCAGCUGCUCCCGGGGCUUUUGUUAUAGCCACACAAUAUAAUAUGGAAGUGGAAUUGAUUGCCAAAAGCAUGGUUCUGUGCACCUUUAUCUCAGCUCCUUUAAUGUUUAUCUCAGCAAAAAUGAUUUCUCUAACGAAUCUCAAUCCUAUUGAUUAUAUCCAUGAACUGGAUGCCUUUUCCUUUGAUAUCAGUGUAGCUGGGGUAGCUGCUUGUAUUUGGAUGCUAUUGUUGCUGAUAACCACUAAACGUUUCAGACGUAUGCCUCAUCGUAUUACGUUUUGUUUGGUGUUAUCUCAGUUAAUGUGCUGUGUUGGUGUUAUUUUAUGGUCUAAAUUGGAACAUGUGCAAAAAUGGCAAUUGCUUAUACAAUUCUUUUUAUUCAAUAUCGGCACUUACAGCAGCCGUUUAUGGACUGGCAUCUUGGCCAUUUCAUUGUUGUUCUUACAAUGCCGCAGUCUUUGUUUUGUCUUGAAAUUGUGGCCUUAUAUGAUUGCUUUUGCUUGGGGUGUUCCCGCAAUUAUAUCAGGCUUAUUGGUAGCAUUUGAUAGCAAUGUUAUGUCAGGGGAAAAACAUAAUCCCAGUUUCCAAUAUGGCAAUGCCCAGGCAGCCAUAUCAGUGUUUAUGCUGGUCAUGUGUUUUAUAGUUACCGUGGGCUGUUUGGUCAUGCAUCAGCGUUAUAAGAAGCGCUAUGAAAAAUAUCUAACAUUUUCACGUGAAUUAUCUAAUCCAGAAUCAGAAACAUCUGAUCUGCAAUCCACUAUAUCCACGGCAAAUCUCAUUACCUCCUCGGCUAAUAGUAAUAUACAUCACAGACGCCGUUAUACUUCUUAUUCUUCAUCUGAUGAUGACGAUAUGCUGCCUAAUACUGUUAAUCCUUCUGGUAAUGGAGCUGGGGGCGGUGGUUGUGGUAAUAGCGGUGGUAACUGUUGCUCUUCAAGCACCACCACAAGUCCUACGACCACAACAGUUGUUGUGGACAUUGAAGAUCUCUUAAAUAAACGUAAUUUGGAACAAAAUAAAAAGGAUUCAAAGGAUUCGGAUAUAACACCGAUAUCAGAAAAUGAACCAAACCUUAAUGGACGUCCCAACAUUUGUGGCCCUGCUUUUAACUGUGGAGCCAGCACAUCACAAAAUUGUCAGUCCAUAAUUGAUCGCUAUGAGGAACAUACACGACGUGGUUUAGAGCCUUUAGAGAAAGCCAACGAUGAAGAUGAUCAUCAAACCCUAAAACACAUUGUAUUGUUAAUUAUUUUGCUGUGUUCAAUGUUUGUGGGUUUGGCUGUUUCCAUUUGGACCUUGGUAAUGGAGGGCAUGUCCGGUAUUUACUUGGAAUUAAGUUUUUUGGAUGCUUUCUUAAAUUUCGGACAAAGUUUAAUAGUAAUGGCUGUAUUUAUUGGUGAUACGGGAGAAUUGUUAAUGCCCUUGAUUAAAGUUUGGCGUAAAAUAUGGUAUGGAGCGAAUAUUGUCACUUUGCCUCACUGGUCUCAUGUUAGUCAAGAAACUAAACAUAUAUGUGAACAGUUUCGCAAUCAUCAUUUGGAAAAUUGCAAAAAGGAUAUUGCUAAGGACAGAAGGUGGCGCAUUCGAACAUAUCGCAAAGUAUUUUAUGGCUGUGAAUUUGUUGAUUGGCUAAUAGAAGUUGGUCUAUCUAAGGAUCGUUUGGAGGCAGUGCACUAUGCAAAACAUUUAGUUAAUGGUCGUGUCUUGCGUCAUAUCAAUAAUGUUUAUCAUUUCGAAGAUAAACAAUUGCUUUACAAUUUUUGCAGCCGCAUGUAAAAACAGAAAACAAAUGACGACAACACAUGCGUUCUGCAAUUUAUUUUUAUCAUAUAAUUUUUUUUUUUUGUUUUCAAUCAGCUGUGAUUUUUGUUAGUUCAUUUUAAUUUUAAUUAUUGUAACAAUUCCUCUUUUUUUUAUUUCUUUAGUUUUUAAGUUUUUUUUUUCUCAAAUGAAUGGAAAAUAUAAGUUACAAAUUUCUUAAAAAUGUUCACAACUUAUAAGAAACCCUUUAGUGUUUUAGAGUGAAAACCACAUUUAGCUCAAGCAGAGAAACUAGUCUCUCAAAUAUAUAAUUUAAAAGUGCAAUUUACUUUUAAUUUUUAUUAAUUAUACAUAAAUACAUAAUUGUUAUUUCAUCAAUGUUAUAUUAAAUAUUUGAAAGUUGUUAAUAAAAUUGUCACAAAUGGCAACAAACCAACAAUACCAAAAGUAAUUUGUCUCAACAUAAUGCUGUGGCUUUCAAACAAAUUAGGGAAUAUUUUUAAAAUGAUUUAAGAUUAUAGAAAAAUAAAAA